CGGAUGGAAGACAAGGAGAUACGAAAACUUCGCAAGAAACUUCGCCAAAUCGAAAAUCUUGAAACCCAAGAGAGAGAACUCAACGAUGAAGAAGCACUGAAGGUCAAAGCCAAGCACUCGAUUCGUGUCAAACUCGCAGAAUUCACCAUGAAACGACGAUCGUUGGAAAACGAAGAGACUGCUCAGAUUAAAAAAGCCUGUUCAGAGAUCACGCCCACCAAAGUUGAUCAUUUGGACCAAGAAGAGCAGCUGGAAAUUCGUCAUGAAGACCAAGAAAACUUGGUCUCAUCCUCCAAUGGCGAGAUCAUUGUCACUACGAAUAGCCACGUCAAAGUGGAAGUGUCAACCCCUGCCAAAAACGGUGCAAAAGAAAAAAAGUACUGGCGUGAUCAUGAACUUCGAGUGUCCACAAUGGAAGGCCACGAGGAUUUGGCUUUAGUGGGAGAUAUCAAUAUAGAGGCAGAGUUAUUCAUGACCUCAAGUCGAGACACCACAGCUAUAGUGUGGAACAUGUUGGAUUAUACCUUACUCCACAGUCUUCGAGGUCAUACAAGCGCAGUGACUGGGGUUGCCAUCAUGCCCAAUAAGUCACGACAACCUUCCAAUUUUCAUGGCUUAACGGCAUCCUUGGAUUGCUCCAUCAAAGUGUGGAAUUUGAACACCGGCAAAAUCCUGCGAAAUAUCUACACCUACAACAGCAUCAAAUGUUUGGCCUUUAGUCCCAGUCAAAAUCUGGCCAUUACCGGCACUGACGGUGGGAAGUUGGAAGGGUUUGACGUUCAUACGGGUAAAAAUAAAUUUUCCACCCGUGCUCAUGAUGAUGUUGUGUCUACGAUUGAUGUCCAAGACGACUUAAUUGCCACUGGAUCUAGAGAUGGAUCCAUCAAAGUGUGGAACUCCAGUGCUACACCUCCAACGUGCCUUUUCACAAAUGAUGAGUUAGUGACAGCCUCCACUGACCAUGAAUCUCACUUGAGGUGCGUGUCCACCCUCAAACUGUUACCCAGAGGUCAGCAAAGGCUCGUGUUUGGGGAUUGUGGAUGCAAUCUAAAAAUAUUGGAUUGGAGGCAAGGCAUCUUGCACAAGAUCCCGAAUCAUACCACUCAAAUGGGCUUCACAGACUCCUUGACAGUGACGAAGAAGCUGCUCUUGGCCUCAAGUUACGAUUUGGAUACUGGAUUAGGUCAUGUGAAUAUGUUCCUGAUUAGAAAUGGAGGCUUGCCUGCCUACAUCUGCUCUUGGACAGAUGAAGAAACUUCGCGCAUUUUUGGCAUCACUGCCGACCUGAAUCAACCAGAUUCCGAGACGGGGACCAUUUCAUUUGUCACUUGCGGAAAGGAAGUCAAAUUGUGGCAAUCCAUUCUUCGGGAACAGUUACCCGAUGAAGAUUGUGUUCUGGUACGACCUUCAGUUCUUCCCCUUUAUUCGGGCAAUGUCAUAGAUUCUGGCAGCAGUAGCAACAGUGAUGCUGAAUCGAACUCUGCAGCUGAUCCGACCCAUCGGUCAAAAUCUCGAAGCCGGCGAAGAGGCCGAUCGGUUCAGUCUCAUGAAUCCGCUCAUUCCUCUUGGUGGUGCGCAAUCAUGUGAAGACUUCGUCUUCAUGGCCGAGACGAAUUGAUUUACUUUGACGAUACGUUUUUCGCUGUGCUAACAAAGCAAAGUAUAUGUACAAUCAAUCAGUGGUCCUUUUCAAGAGUUGUAUUUUUCAAAUCAUACAAGACAUAAACGGUUCUCCCUCAUUGAUAGUAGGGCUGAAAUGACUUA